AUGGAAGCUGGAGACGUUGUGCUCAAUGUGACAUUCCUUAGUCCGGUUGAGGCUCAAGAUAUCAUUCGGCUCUCUUUUCCUUUCGCCUACGUUUACAUCGAUGUGUGGACUAAAGAUGGAAACCCGCAUAGUGUCCAGCUCUACUCUGAAGCUGCGUCUUCUUUGGUCACAAUCCGAAACGACACCAUGAGAUGGGACACCACAGAAACCCAGUCGGCUAUAUACCACGAAUUAGCAAAAUACACUGCUUUACGCAUGGAGCGAUGGGAGGUAGUCGAGAAUGGCGUGUUGUAUUUUGCUAUGCCCAAGGCCACAAAUCCAACAUGGCAGAUAGGCCCCUUCACCGACGUCCGUCAAGGAUUCCUGGAGAACGGAGAACUUGCCAACACGGGAGACACGGAUUUUAGGGCCGCGAUGGUCGCCGACUACCCCGUUUUGGCCUUCGCUGUGGACUUGGGCGACAUUCAAGCUACCUCGGAACAGGUUGUCUGGGCCCUAGGACACGUCCGAGAUACUCUGCUGUCUGGUGCUGGAAAGUCUAUCGGGGUGGAUACGCGGACUUCGUACUUUUGGUCGCAUUAUCCCAGUAUUGGAGACGCCAUUACCGCGUUCUUGGACGACUUCCCCGCUGCAAGGGCAAGGGCUGAAGAGUUUGACCGCAAGUUGAUGGAUGAAGCUGGGGCUGUAUCGUCGCAAUAUGCUGAUCUUGUCGCGCUUUCGGUUCGUCAGACUGUGGCUUCGAUUGAGGUUACCCUUCCCCAGCGGUUUGGGAGGAGCGAGUGGAAUACCACGGAUGUUCAGGCGUACAUGCGGGAUACAGGAUUCUCCAAACGCGGGAAUCCUGUUGAAACAAUUUACGCUGCCAUGCCGGCUCUUCUUUACCUCAAUCCGUCCCUCCUCAAACUCCUACUCAAGCCGUUGUUGAUGUAUCAAUCAUCGUCAAAGUACCAGAAUCCUUAUGCUUCUCCCGAUCUAGGGAACGAUUACAUCUUUUCCACGGGAAAUAACAGUGAUACCAGUCGACUGGCAAUUGAGAGCUGUAGCAGUAUGCUUAUCAUGUCGCUCGCACAUGCUAUUCGAACGGAGGAUUAUACGUUGAUCAAUGACCAUGCCCAGUUGUUGCAGAAGUGGGCGGAUUAUCUCGUCGAACGAGGAGUACAUACCAAGGACCAGAUAUCUGCCGACGGCCUGAAAGACGACGGUCUUACUAACCUGGCAUUGAAGAGUAUCCUCGGCAUCCAUGCAAUGGGAAAAAUUCGAGAAAUUGUCGAUCCCGAUGGAGCCACCUCCGAAGCCGCGAAACGCUACUUGGUGUUUGAAUCUCAUGAGCAGUUCUAUAAAGCAAAACUGGAUUCUGCGCACCAGACUGGUUGGGGCUUGCCUUAUGACAGCCUGGAUCCUACGUUGAUGAAAUCUCAUUGGACUCUAUUCACCGCUGCUUCGGUUAGCGACUCGGCUGUCCGCGACACAUUGAUUGAACGGGUACAUCGUCGAACGUUUUGGAGGGGCACAGCGGCCGCGUUUGGGACGACUUGGAAUGUGGAUACUGGAGCGUCGAUUCCGCUGGGAGGAAGGAAUAGUCCUGCUCAAGGAGCUAUGUUCUCGUUGCUUGCGGCUAAGGCAUUCCAAAAGGGCGGCAGCAACGAAAAUUGGCACAAGGAUCGGGAGGAAGGAAAGAAGAAUGUCGGCGCUAUCGCCGGCGGUGUGGUCGGUGGUGUUGUGGGAUUACUUCUCGUGGCGGCCAUCCUCUUCCUCUGGAAACGACGCAUGGGACCCUUCAAACCUUCAGAACCCCGGACGCGGUAUCUCGUCAAUGUCUCUCCACGGUCGUCCCUCAACGAGUCUGUAUCGUCGCCACAUAGCCAGCCGGCGACAUCGACGCACCGACAAGAGUAUACUGAAUCGACUGCACCGUCGGAGCUGCGACCGGUUCCGUUCAUUCCUGCGCUCCUUGGAGGUGGGAAUGCGUCACGGACGAGUGUGACUAGUGCCACAGUGCAUGAGAGUGACAAUGAUGGACUACCUGCGUCGAAAGAAGUGAUGAUGAGGGAGCGGACACUUCGGCUUGCCAAUGCUAAUCCGCCACCGGCCUCAAGUUAUACCCGGACGACGCCUUCCUCACCAUCUGUCCCACCGUCUAUAAACCCGCCGUCAUCUAUAACGCCUCACUCGCCAUCCUCCGUGCCGUCUGAAGAGCAGCAAAGACAGUUGCAGCUGCAGAGGGAGGUGGAGGAGUUGAGGAGGGAAGUUAAUCUUUUGAGGGCGGAGAGGGAGAGUACGCAGGGGUCUCAAUCGAACAUGACUCCGAUUGACUAUAGGGCGAGUACCCCUUCUGAGCCUCCUCCGACAUACUACUCUUAG